UGUUGUAGUGGGCUGGGCUUCAUAUUAAAUGUCUUUUUCUCAUUUACUAUUUGGAUAUUGUUCAAGAUUUUUUUUCAGACAGACCAGCUCUAGCAGGAAUUGCUUUAAAAAGUCAAACUUGUUGCAUAAAUCUCAUCUGUCAUUUACCCAUCACUCGUCUCCCAUCACAGUGUCACAAAAGGACAUGUACAUUAAACUGAUUCCCGCCCUAAAGGACAAUUACAUGUACCUCCUGGUAGACGAGGAGACGAAGGAGUCAGCUGUCGUUGAUCCUGUGGAACCGGAAAAAGUCCUUGAACUAGUGAAAGAGGAACAGGUAAAACUGACCACGGUUCUAACGACACACCACCAUUGGGACCAUGCAGGGGGCAACGAGAAGUUGUUAAAUUUGAUACCAUCUGGUUUGACUGUGUGUGGUAACGAUGAUCGGAUUGCUGGUCUUAAUCGCAGAGUUAGCACAAAUGAUAAAAUAAAGGUUGGUUCAUUGACAGUCACUGCUUACGAGACUCCCUGCCACACAACUGGACACAUUUGCUUUUACGUGAAUAGUAACGACAAUUCUUCUAAAGCCGUUUUCACAGGUGACACUCUAUUUGUUAGUGGGUGUGGCAGGUUUUUUGAAGGAACAGCUCAACAAAUGUAUCACGCAUUGAUAGAAGUUUUGGCUGAACUGCCUCCAGAAACACAAGUGUACUGUGGUCACGAAUAUACAGUCAAGGGUUUGGCUUACAGCCAACACGUUGAACCCGGCAACCAAGCAGCUGCUGAUAAAUUAGUAUGGGCAAAGGCCAAGAGAGAGGCUGGUGAACCAACUGUUCCUUCCACCAUUGGAGAGGAACUAACUUAUAAUCCUUUUAUGAGAGUGAGAGAGGCUUCUGUUCAAGCUCAUGCCAAAGCAACAGAUCCAAUCUCUACAAUGGCCUAUCUUCGUAAAGAGAAAGACUCAUUCUAAUUCCCCUUGUUUAUCAAGAUGGAGUUCAUAAACGUGCUAAAUGAACUAAUAUUCUCACUCUUUCAAACUAUAUUUGUACCUUUAGCUAUAAAUUCAAAUCAUGAAGUGCUGUUGACAGACUGUCCUUGUGUCUUUGUCUCAUGUCAUGUUGUGCCUCUUUGUCUGUAACUCUCUCUCUCUCUCUCUGUGUUGUGUGUGAAUAUUAAUGUAUUAUGAAUAUUUUCAUUCAUAUUAUCAAGUUAAUAAUCUGUACUCAUGUCUUUAAUCUUCUUUGCCAAGAGAUAGUAAUCAUAUUGAAA